AUGUCCGUGCUCGGAUCCAUCGCAGAGUGGGUCGCAGCCUUCCUCCCCGUCAAGCUCAUCCCCGGUGCCGGCAAGCAGUUUGCUCAGCUCUGCGGCGCCAUGAUCUCUGGCUUUGCCAUCAUUGCCUUCUUUGCGCCCAACUAUGGCCAGUCGCCCGCUGGUGGCGCCGUCAUGCUCGGUCUGUUGAUGGGCGCUGCCGGUCUGGAGGCCUUCUUUGGCAUCUGCCUCGGCUGCAUCAUGUUUGACCUGUUCAUUCGCUUUGGUCUCCUGUCGCGUCAUAUUAACACGAAUGCCGAGCACUUCUGGAACGAGCAGAGCCGCUUCAUUGAAGAGUCCGACCGUCGCCUGAACGAGGGCAAGCCCGUUGUCCGCCUCCUCUACUCGACCCUCAGCCCCGACUCUGAGCGCACCAUUCCUCUUCGCAUCAAGGUGAAGACCGACGAGAUGCGCCAGGAGGACUUCCACAUUGUCAAGCACAUGCACAUUCACUACUUUGCCUUCAUCAUGGCGUCGAUCGGCCUGGCCUGCGUCUGGAAGGUCUCGCACGCCGUGCUCAAGACGGACAAGCAGCUGUGGCAAGGCCUCGGCAUCUUCUCGGCUGUUGUCGGCGGCAUUUACGUGCUCUUGUACACUGCCAAGAUUGUCUUCUACCCGCGCAAGGUGUGGAAGGAAUGGACCAACCCCAACAAGGUCAACUUUUUCUCCACCAUCACCAUCUCGCUCUUGCUGUUUGCCUACCUGUCGGUCGACGUGGAGCUCGACAUGGCCAAGUCGCUCUUCUGGCUCGGUGCCUCGUUCCAGCUCUUCCAAGCCGUCAUCAUUACGUCGCGCUGGUUCCGUUUCCCGCAGUCGCGCGAUGCCUUCAACCCGACCUGGAUGAUCCCUGCCGUCGGCAACCUCGUUGCUGGCAUGGUUGCGCCGCUGCUCGACCCUGGCUACACGGAGGUGGCUUGGCUCUGGUGGUCGUUCGCCUUCCUCAUGUACAUUGUCCUCAUCACCCUCUCGUUCAACCGCAUCAUGUUUGGUGGCGUUGUUGACGACAAGGUCCGCCCUUCGUACUUUAUCUUGGUGGCUGCUCCCGCUGUUGCCUUUGUCGGCUACACGGUGCUCCCCGGCGCUGGCGGCGCCGUCAACGGCUUUGACGCCUUUGCCCGCUUCCUCUACUACGUCGCACUCGUCACCUUCUUUGUUCUCGGCUGGUCCUUCUUCCGCUCGCUGUUUGGUCGCCACAACUUUGACCAGAGCUACUGGGCCUUUGUCUUCCCGCUGGACACCAUGGCUCUCGCCGCCCUCGUCUACCACAGCUACAUUUCGACCCCCGUGUCGCAGGCCAUUGCUGUCUGUGCCUUGAUUAUCGUUAACGCCACCGCCGUUAUCGUGCUCGCCAACUCUGUCAACGCUGCCAUCCGUCUGCGCGUCUGGGUGCCCGAGGACAAGUGGGGCCCGCUUUCGCUCAACAAGAUUGUUCACUACGCCACUCGCGACGCCUGCGUGCAGCUGCUCAACCUCACUGCCAUUUUCGAGGCCAAGAACGAGACCCCCACCGCCGAGGACAUUGAGGCCUACCGUUCGCUCUACGAAAAGCUCGAGCACACGUUCAACGUGCACUCGACCCACGAAGACGAGAUUGUCUUCCCAGCCCUCCGCCUCUUCCACCCUAACGCCACCCUCGGUCACGAGGAGGACCACGACCGCGAACGCGCUCUUUUCGAAGACAUUUCUCUCCUGAUUGGUGUCGGCGAGAAGGGCCGCGAGGCCUUUGCCAGCAUUUCGGACGCAGACCGCGCCGACCGUCUCCGCCAAGUGGCCGACCUUACCAAGAUGAUGGUGGCCUCCACUAUCAAGCAUUUGGACGACGAGGAGAAGGAGCUUGGCCCCAUCACUCGCAAGUCCUUCCCGCUCAAGCUGCAGAAGGAGAUUGUGCGCAAAAUGUUCUCGCGCACCCUCCCCGACGAUCUUCGUCGGUACAUUCUGUUUGUCUUGCAGUAUGCACCCUUCCAUGGCCAGCGCUCCCGCUUUGUGCAGUGCUUGCGUUGGUCCUUCCCCGAGCGUCUGCAACUCUUCGGCAAGUGGAUUUACGAAGGCUCCGACCCGUUGGUCUGGAGCCGUAUCAUCACUGAGGUUCCCGAACUUGCGCCUCGUGGUGUCCAAUACUGGCACCCCACCGUCUAA